AUGAAAUCGUCCCCCCUCUCUCUCUCUCUCUCUAUAUAUAUAUAUAUAUAUAUAUAUAUAUAUAUAGUCUACAUAUCUUUUUUCUAUCUAUCUAUCUAUCUAUCUAUCUAUCUAUCUAUCUAUCAAAUUUUCUUUAUCUAUCUAUCUAUCUAUCUAUCUAUCUAUCUAUCUAUCUAUCUAUCUAAUUUUCCUCACUGUCUGUCUAUCUAUCUAUCAAAUUUUCUUCACAAUCUAUCUAUCUAUCUAUCUAUCUAUCUAUCUAUCUAUCUAUCUAUCUAUCUAUCUCACUCUAUUUCCAUCUAUCUAUCUAUCUAUCUAUCUAUCUAUCUAUCUAUCUAUGUAAUUUUCUUCACUAUCUAUCUAUCUAUCUCACUCUAUUUCAUCUAUCUAUCUAUCUAUCUAUCUAUCUAUCUAUCUAUCUCAUUCUACUUCUCUCUUUUUGUUUCGUUUCUUUCUUUCAAAGCUUAUCUAUCUAUCUAUCUAUCUAUGUCAUUCUGUUCCGUAUUAAUCACAUUCCGUAAUCUAUCUAUCUAUCUAUCUAUCUAUCUAUCUCUAUUUCUAUCUAUCUAUCUAUCUAUCUAUCUAUCACUUCCGUUACCCUAUCUAUCUAUCUAUGUCAUUUUGUUCCGUAUCAAUCACAUUCCGUAA